UUAAUCACAAUGAACAAUGACUCCAUUAUCCUUGUGUUCACCCUUUCUGGAUUGGAAGGAUUAAUGGACUAUAGAAGCGUACUCUUCUCUCUCACUUUACUGUGGUACUGUAUGAUAAUUAUGGUAAAUGUUGUUCUCAUUGUUACUAUUAUCAUGGACAGGAAUCUCCAUGAGCCCAUGUACAUCUUCCUGUGUAAUCUGUGUAUAAAUGGGCUUUAUGGGACUGCAGGAUUCUACCCCAAGUUCCUGCUGGAUUUACUGUCAUACUCUCAUGUCAUCUCUUAUGCAGGAUGUCUGGUUCAAAAUGUUGUCAUUUAUUCAUAUGCUUGUAGGGAUUUUUCUAUUCUAUCAGUGAUGGCAUAUGACAGGUACGUAGCAAUAUGUAGGCCACUGCAGUAUCACUCUGUCAUGACUAAGCAGCGUGUAACUCAGUUAGUCUCUUUCUCCUGGUUUGUUCCUUUGUUUCUUAUUUCUAUGGGUACAAUAUUUACUUCCAGACUUAGGUUGUGUGGCUCACACAUACAAAAACUCUACUGUGCCAAUGGGUUGAUUGCUCAGCUGUCAUGUUCUCCGACCAGUUGGAUUACAUCAACAACACCAAGUAAUUCAACUGCUCUUCUAAUAACAGUGACUUAUUUCCUCCAUGUUGUUUUCAUAGUGUGUACCUAUGUGUAUAUGGUCAGAUCGUGUUUGAGUUCUUUAGUGGACAGGGGAAAGUUUAUGCAGACCUGUGUGCCACAUUUAAUAUCAUUGUUCCACGUCACAGUUGCUUUGCUUUUUGAUGUAUUGCACACACGACUCAAUGGCACAAGUGAUUUACCUCAAAACCUUAAGAAUUUCUUGGCCAUAGAGUUUCUUGUAUUUCCUCCACUGCUUAACCCCCUGAUUUACGGUCUUCAGCUUUCAAAAGUUAGAAAUAGAAUACAGAUUUUAUGUGUGCAAAAAUAA